ACGACCAUGUCCAUGCCUGUUGGCGCUCCACCGCCUCCUCAUCUCACCGGAUUUUCUACCGCUUUGGAAUCUCAAUCUCGCGUUCUGCCGUCGUCUCCCCACUGGGCUUUCGAAUCUCGCAUUCUGCCGUCGCCUCCAUCCAAAAUCUUCUUGGAGAUGUUGAACAAAAGAUCGAGCGUUCAAGGACACAUGCCAGUUAAUUAUAAAACUCCGAACUUGUCCAGAAGAUGCAGCAGAAAAUGCCCCGAACUUGUCCAGAAGAUGCAGCAGAAAAUGCCCCGAACUUGUCCAGAAGAUGCAGCAGGAUUUGGAAAAUGCCAACGAAUUAACAAAUCUCGAAGUUGCAAUCCGAUGAAUUGACACUCUCUAAGGACACGUAUGAAAAAGAACGUCUCUCACCCUCCUUGAAGUUCACUUUUUCAAUAAAGAGGGAGACAAAGAAGGUCCGGAGAAUGGACAGCACUGAUGGGUUACUUUGAAGCUGAUGGAUGGUUAUCGAUCGGCUAGAAACAGGCGACGCAAGGUCCAGGAAACUUCCUAAACUGGUAUUGUCUGCCUGUCUACCUAUGUUAAGGAGGGUGUUUGGUUGAUGGGUUUGAGAAUGAAGAAUGGAAUGAUAAUAAAAAAUAGUGUUUGGAUUGUGAGUUUGAGAAUGAUAUUUUGGAAAUGAU